ACUAAUUCGAGUCAGCAGACCAAUAGAUUACGCGCGUCCAUAUUUACAAUGAAGAUAAGGUUUUGAUAAAGCACUUUCCUGAUUUGGCCUUGUAUAAGUCAGCUCAUUUUCUCUCAAAUCCUCCCAGGAACUGAAUUAAAUGUAUUACUUACGUAUUGUUGACAGUGAUAGUUCGUAACAGUAUUUCUUCUUUCAGUAUUUUCUUUAGUGAUUCUCCUUUUAUCAAGGAAACAGUAAAGGUUUAUUUAGUUUGCGAAUAUUUUGUAGAAAUGUGGUCGUAGUUUUUCAUUCGGCUGUUCGGUGAAUGUACUCUAUCAUUGGUAAAUCUCAACAAGGAUUCAUCGUCCUCGUGUCUCAGAAUGUAUUCUAAUGCAUAUUCCUUUCUAUGAUCGAAGAAAAUCCUCACCAUUCGGCCAAAACAGAGAAGUAACAGGCAAAAAUAAUCCCGUCUGAACGAUUUAGGAGGAGAGACAGCCUCAAAAUUGCGAGAAUGCGGCGUGUUGUACAUGUACGUGUGCCUCUCAUGUUGAUUUUCAUCGGUUAUUUGGAGUUCACGACGGUCGGUGGCGCCGAUCCACGAAUCCAAGUCAAUUGUGGCAAGUUAACGGUCCAAGGCUACAAAGCUUGCGAAAUUUAUCACGACGACAGUUUAAAAAACUACGCAGGACCAACGGAGAAGAUUUUCCCAGGCCUGUUCUUCGGUCUCAUCACGUACGAGUGCGACCACGAAGCCGGGUUCCUGACGUCGGAGUUCGACUGCGAAAGGUGUGACUUCGAGUGUUCCGAGGUGGUGACUCGAAGAGAAAAUUUGAGCCGCCAACAGGAGACAAUUCAAUUUUGGUUGGGAGCGGUUUUGGGCAUUUGUUCCGCUUUCUUAACCAGCUACCUCGUCUAUCAAUGUUUGAAUCGUAUGCCGUGCUUGAGGUCCGAUCAGCGGAACAAUUCACACACGUAUAAUUUCGAUGCCUCCACCACAACCGACGACGUAAGAGAUGGCGAUCAGACGGGCACAAGGCAGAAGAACGGCUCGAGAAGGAAAACUUUCAAGUCGAUAGUCACGGGGCUUUUGGUGUUCAAGACGACGAGUGCUUGUGACGUAAUGCACGUGGUGGGUCCGAAUAAUAUCAGCACAUUUUGCCACGGCUCUGGGUGCGGUAGCGUGACCGAGAAUGUCACCAACAUCCUCACCAUCACGGAAAACCAAAAAAUCUGCGUGACAGAUAAUUAUGGAGAGACUGUGACUUUGAAAAUUUCCAAAAUCGCUAUCAGGGCUAGGUAUGCACCGGCUUACAACACGUCAGAUUAUUCCAUUACUGAUAAUUUCCACGGUGGCUCUUGCUGCGAGACUCACGAGGAAUGCAAUGUGGAAGACACUGUGUGUUUUAAUACGAUGGCUGCGGAAAUACCGCGUGAACUUAGGAACAAUACGGUGGAAACGGAGUGUUUUACCUCGGAUCAGACGGAGUUGCCCAUGCGGUGUUACUGGAUUUUUCUGAAAAGAAGGAAAGGACCGUUGUAUACCGUUUACAAGAGAACUGGUCUUGUUGGAAGAGUUACAUUUACGAUUCAAAACGCUAAUUCCCAUCGUUGGGUGACAGUAGAUAGCUAUGAUCUUCCUGUGCCUUUGCUUGGUUCAACAAGUAUCACCCAUUUGGAUGUGUUGGGGGAAUUUCCGGACUCCCUCCUACUUUUCAACGAAGGGCUAUAUUACGUUAAUGGGUCAGAGAUCAACAAGCCUAAAAUGGGUAUGUUUGGGGACGUUCAGAUUAUGCUCGAUGGCAAAGGUGAAGAGAUAUAUGCCAAAGAGGGAGAGGUCGGGUUUUGCAGAGAAGAUGAGUCUCAACCAUGUAUUUGUGAGUGUAAAAGUCCUAACUCUAAGAGUAUGAUUGCAAAAUUCCUAGCAAAGCGGAAUGAUUUUAAACAGCCCGAUCGCUUUGUCAGGUGGGACCCGGAACUUCCAGAAGUGGAUACGUUCGCUCUGUUGACGGGAGGCCAUGUGCGCAUGCAUUUCGGGGACGCGGACUCAAACGAACCACUGAGGCCAAACGGCACGUGCAAGUUCGAGUUUUUGAUGAGUUUUGGCUGCACAACCUGCGAGAAAAGCUCAUACUUGGUCCUGAAAGCUCAAAACAUCACGAAGGAAGGACUGAUGCCCUUCCAGUCUAAUUGUAGUUACGGCAGGCGGACCGUGAAGUGCGACCAUGAGCCCACUAAACUAGUUUUAAAGGAAAACUAUGAUGCUUGUCAUAUUAAACUUCCGUCCGGUGAAGAAUUCUUUGUGAAGAUGGAAUACCAUGCAUUCGAAACUUCUUCCGGGCCGAAUCGAAGAUCUAACGUCACUGUAAGCUUUGUUGGCUAUAGCGAGGCUUUUGAACACCUCGUGACCAGUGAGACUUUUAUAAAAGCAUUUUGCACGACGACAGUUUUCAGUAUUGUUUUUUGUUUAAUUGUUAUGAUCGUUAUUUUCAUUUAUCGAUCACACGCACAUUCGAAGGUUCAUCAGGAAAAAACUCUGAUCGAAUUGUAACUUUACUUACUACUACAAUACCUACUGCUUUACUGUGAGGAAGAACACUGUAGAAAAAUCGCAUGCCACUUUUCCCUUUUCCCUCGAUUUUCACGUACACGAGAUUAAAUUGCGAGGACAAUUCUUUCAAAAAUUUAAAGAGACAAAUUCAAGUUUCCCAGAAAAUUGCUUUUUUCAGAGGAACUUUGGCAGCGUCAGAGUUUUAUUAAGGCGUUGUCUUAAAUCUAAAAACUGUCUUAAUCGUCUCUUUCCGCGCCACGCCGGUCGUAAACGUGUUGGUAUAUUUGUCAUGACUCAGAUGAAAUUUUCUCGAAAAUAUUCCCCUCCAAAAAAUUCCCCUCGAAGAAAAUCCAUCCUGAGACCCCCCCCCCCCCCCAUAUGAUCCUCCCAAUUCAAAAGACACCCUUCAUUCUCACUUAAAGAGUUUUUUACAGUGCAAUUUUCAAACCGCCGAAGCCACACGAGCAUGAGAGUGUCCUCAUUUUCACCUGAUUUGUCACCGAUGGGUGGGGGGAGGAGGAGGUUGUUGUGGGUGUUGGUAUGGAAACAGCUGUAGUCACAGUCGCGGAAGGUAUGAAAAGUUUUCGAGUCGCGGCACCUCCCGGCGCGACUUUUUCGACAGUGCCAAAUUUCACGAUAAAAUUAACUCUUAGCAAGUACAGCCCUAGCGGAUCUAGACACCUCGAGAGAGGGGGCGUAAGGGGAUCUGGAGGACUGCCCUAAAAAUAUUUUUGAAAUUUUAAAGCAUCUUACAUGAAGUUUGAGUCCAUUUUUUCGUGAAAAAAUACAAAAUCUAAACGCCCUUUCUUAACUCCUCCGUGCCUUUCUUUUUUUCUUUCUUUACUUUUUCUAACUCCUUUUUUUCGGACGAACGAGGGGGGAAGGGGGGGCGCACGCCUUCUGCGUCCCCUCUGGAGCCCUAUUCACACCGUGCAGACAUUGACGCAACCUAUCAUUCAGCAGUUGGUUCAGCCGGCCGUGCCAUUUGCAUAUCCGGUUGAAAUUGACCAAAAGACUAGAUUCCUAUUGAAGCAAAAAAUGACAUUGAGAUCGUAAAAUUUAUUUUAUAAGUCCUAAAACUCCCUCAAGUAACAUCUCAAUUUUAGCUUCGCCAAGGAGGUUUUUUUCAGGGAGUAAUAGAAUCGGGUCUCAGAUGUGCUCAACGCUACGUCGAAUGUUGCACGACCAAUCGAAGGAACAUUUUAUGUUUUUAUAACGCAGUAUUAUCUACACUGAGAAUAAAUUUAUUGUUUCACAAACUA